GCUAAAUUAUCUUAACGAAGAAGAAUGACUAGAAUUUCUAUGGAAACGACAACUACCUGAUUUUGUGUCAACUUGUAGCUGUUUUGUACACCCCUCACAUCUUAGCUUGUUUCUUUUCUGGUUACAAACAUUAAGCGUGUCUUUGUAACAACCCUACAUUGAUACGGAGGGUGUGCUGUUUCGUUUUUAGACUCGUAGCUUCGUGGGUAUUUUAUUUUGCUUCUCAUGGCGGACUGUUGGAACACAGAUACCGGAGACGCUGUGUAUCGGUCCCGGGAUGCUGUCAAAAACCUGAGAAUAAAGGUGCGUAUAGAAAGGGUGACGUCUUCAGCUGCCCUCUCUCAACAUCUCCAGCAUCAGGUGUUGUCCCAGCAGGGCAGAAGGGACAUUGAACUGGAGACCCUCACAUCACAAGUCCAGACAGCUGAUAAUGAAGAGGAGGCAGUGGUGGGCUGGCAGGAGAAACUCUUCAGCCAGUAUGAAAUGGAGCUGUUUCAGAACGAAGCAGUAUGCCAAACACCCUUGGACCGGCAGUAUCAUUCUGAAAUCAACGCCCUUAAAAAGUCCAAGGGACGGCACAACUGCAGAAUUUUCACAUAUACAGAUCAUGACCGCUACACCAACUGCCUUCCACUCAACCAACUGCAGCAAACUGACUUACUGUCCACGAAAAAAUCCAGCCCCACCUUUCUGGCGGAGAGGAUGGCCAGUGUGAGACACAGGCGUCAAGAAAGACGUACAAUGGACAGCAGCAUCCCAAAGUCAAGAAUCAUCAACUGGGAGCCAACAGAGGAGUUUGUGAAGAGCAGUCAUAUUGUGAACAAUGCCAUGCAAACCAUGCAUAUCAUGGGAGACCUGGGCCCACCUGGGAGGCUGGGCCAGAAGGAGAAUGAGUGUUUGCUGGUUACCAUAAAAACAGAUGGCAGUGGCACAGUCAUUAUAAAACCUGACUUCAAUAAAGGCAGAGAGCCCUACAGGAUCGUGUCAGAGGGCGAGAAGCGAGAAGUUUGGCGUCUCACUUUGGAGAACGUGUCGGCAGCCAUGAAACCAGAGGAUAAAGAAAGAGAGGAGAGCAUGUACAAAGAUCUGUAUGCGAGGCACAAGGAGUACCUCAGUAGUCUUGUUGGACAGGACUUUGAAAUGCCCGCUGUUGGUACGCUACGUUACCUGAUGGAUGGAGAGAUCGUCUCGGCUAAAGGAUUUGAGUAUGAUAACUUACACGUCCACUUCGUCCUGGAUCUUCCCAAUAAUUGGUCCAGCUCAAUGCCCCAGUUUCUGUCAGGGGUUACCCAGACUUGUCGAACCAAAUCACUGGGGAAGGAAAAUGUGGCUUUCUUCAGUUACCCCUUCAACUUUGAGAUUUUUUACAAGAGUGAGAAAGAGAGUGAAGAGCUAAUUCCCCAGUGGCCAGUGCUUUACUUCAAAGUUCUUUCUCUUGACCUGUGGGGGCGCUAUCGUAUUGAAGGCUAUGGUUAUCUGCUUUUUCCAGCUAUUCCUGGUAAGCACACCAUGACCUGUCACACAUGGCGACCUCUUCAGAUGGGGACGGUCUCUGCAUUGAGACGCUUUUUUAUCGGAGGUUCUGCAGAGAUUGAAGAUCACAGCUAUGUCAGAAUACCAGGGACCUUCAAGGGAGACAGGCUGAGUCGUUUGGGCUUCUGCAGUCUAACCUCAGGAAGUGUCACAUUUAAUCUGAACUGCAUCCAACAAGCCAGGGCCUUUGUUGACGCUGCCAUUCAGAAAAAGAGGAGGCAGAAAGUCAUCGACCAGCUGGGAGGAUUUAGUCAGCAGGGAGAUGUUUGCAAUGUUCUGGAGGCCUUUCAAAGAGCAUACAAAAAGCUACAAGAGGCCAGAGAAACGUUCCCACAAAAAGCCAUCAACUCUACUUCCCAACUCGAGCUGGAAUUUUCUGCAUAAAAACCAAAAACACACUAAAACUGACAUUUCAAGAUGCAUUUUAGAUCCUGCACAAGCUUCCAAAACUGAAAAGUUUGUCUCAAGUCAUCUUCUGUUCUUCUCAGACUGUAACUGACAUUUUAUUGACAAAUGUUAUUAACUUAAAAAAUCAUCAGAAACGAUUUAUUACACCAACAUUAGGAGAUGGAGCAUAACACUUGUCUAAUAAAUGUACUAUAAUACCAGCAGUUUUUUUUU